GUCAGCUGUCGCUACCGGAUGCGGUGAAACGGCUGAAGAAGGAAAACACCGCACGUAGCUUCUUGGAUUAAUUUAAAUGACAAGACGCCAUCCAUAAAUUCACAGGAGACACAAGCACCGGCCAGGAUGGAUUCGUGGAGACCGAAACACUCGUCAGAAACUGUGUUUUAACCAUGUUUUUAGGUCAAAUAUCCGCGAAUAAGCGUUGUUGGUUUUUUUUUUUACUCAGUAGCCGUUGCUAGCUUAAACCGACGUAGCGUUAGCUGUUAGACGGAGACAAACAGCUUCUCUUUCCUUUAGAAUAAGACUUUCUGUUAUUCUCCAGAGUUAUAUUUCUCUUUUGUGCAGGAAAAAGUCGAGCUGUGUGUGUUUUAAGUCCUUCAAAAGCGUCCAGAAUUAGUUUUAGUCACUCAGCAGGUCGUAUUGCAAACCGUCGUCCCUUUCUGGUAAAAACAAGUAGAAAAGUUGUAUUUCUUUCAACUAAUAUAUCCACGGCAAGUUUGGGAAACACUGUAUUUGGAGUAACUCGUUAACAUCUCAACAAGUGGACACAAUGGGUGUGAUCUGGACUUCAGUCACCCUUAAAACAACACAGCAGAUACUUUGUAAAUAACACUUCCCUGUCAGCUGGCAGACUUAUUGUUCCUUCUGUGGACUGAGCAUUUUACAGUUCACUGUAUUUAAGUUUCACUGAAGAGGAGGAAGCGUUCCUUUUUAUUUGUCACUUUAACUCACACUAAGAUCUUCAGAUCAACAGUGAAGGAUGAAUGGCCUGUCUCUCAGUGAGCUCUGCUGCCUCUUCUGCUGCCCGCCCUGCCCCGGCCGCAUCGCAGCUAAGCUCGCCUUCCUGCCCCCUGAGGCCACCUAUGCCUUUCUGCCAGAUCCGGAGGCAGGUCCUGCAGCACCAGGGGCCACAGAUACACCCAGCCUGCGGGCGCGAGGCGGUGCAACAGUUGCUGGAAGCGGAGGGGCCGUAGAGGGGAGAUGUAAGCUCCAUCUGACGGAGCGAUCAGAGUUCCAGUACUCUCAGAGAGAGAUGGACAUGACGGAGGUGUUCCUCACUCGAUCCAGCAGGGGGAACAAAGUCGGGUGUAUGUACAUCCGCUGCGCUCCUAAUGCCAGGUUUACAGUGCUCUUCUCCCACGGCAACGCAGUGGACCUGGGCCAGAUGAGCAGCUUCUACAUCGGCCUCGGCACUCGCAUCAACUGCAACAUCUUCUCCUACGACUACUCCGGCUACGGUGUGAGCACGGGGAAGCCCUCCGAGAAGAACCUCUACGCAGACAUUGAUGCUGCCUGGCACGCCCUGCGCACCCGGUACGGCAUCUGCCCGGAGAACAUCAUCCUGUACGGACAGAGCAUCGGUACAGUACCCACUGUGGACCUGGCGUCCCGGUAUGAGUGUGCUGCCGUGGUUCUGCACUCCCCUCUCACAUCUGGCAUGAGAGUGGCCUUCCCCGACACGAAGAAAACGUACUGCUUUGACGCGUUCCCCAACAUUGAAAAAGUGUCCAAAAUCACGUCCCCGGUACUCAUCAUCCACGGGACAGAGGACGAGGUCAUCGACUUCUCCCACGGCCUGGCUCUGUUCGAGCGCUGCCCCAAAGCCGUGGAGCCUCUGUGGGUGGAGGGAGCGGGACACAACGACAUUGAACUGUACAGCCAGUACCUGGAGCGCCUGCGCCGCUUCAUAGGGCAGGAGCUGGCAGCUCAGCACGCCUGAACACCCCCACCAUCAACGACAUGUUUUCCAUUUCACUGUGUCCAAGACGAAGGCGUGUCCGGGUGUCAACUAAACGACCCUCAGCUCAGCACGGCGUCCGGGGGGGGGCCGUGCCUUACAAACUUAAUUUCUAGGGCACAGUUCGCCUUUAAUGGACCAUGGUUUGAUGCGACAUGGAGACAAGAUGUGUGAUCAUCGACAUCAGAAGUGUGUGAGAUAUUGUCACAAAGCGCAUUUCAACUGUUCUACAGCUGCCGUGUGUCAGCCGGCAGCAAAUGUGUUCCUAUACUUUGCAAUAACAAGGACAGGGUCUACAGGAAGAACGAUUUACAGAACAACAAACUGAUUAGUAAUCAUGUAGAACAAUGACGUGGUGGUCCACAUGGGAAAUGCCCCUGAUUUCUCCGGACUACUCAAAGAGUUUGUGUGUAAUUGUAUUUUUCGAAGGUGAGUUAAAUAGGUUAUGGUGAAUGACGGGAAACACCUAAGGACUUGGGACUCUUGUUUGUUUUCUACAUCACCUUUUUGAUUAGCUAACAUGUUUGUAACUACAGAGUUAUUAGUGACCUUGUUCAGUCCAAUUUAAAGCCCUACAUUGGAUCCUGUUCAAAAGGGGUUUUUAGUUAUUGGUUGUGUUGCGUUGGGUUGCAUUAUAUUGAACGGUGUUUCGCCUCAUGUAUGUUCUGGAUACAUACAUGUGUAGAGAUUUAGAAUUUUGUUUUGUUUUUCACUGUCCGGAACAUUUUCUGCAUUUUUUUUGCUCAGGUAAACCUCUUUGAGACAUUAGGGUCAGUGUGUUUCUACUUUUCCUGUUUUGUUUAUUUCGCAGCCAGGCUGAAUCUCCUCAGAUCUUCAACUUUCAAUCAAUUUCUCUCUCUUUUAUACCCAACUUGGGCAUCUCUAACUCAAGCGCUUUCACCUUCUGAGAGACUUCUGUCUCCUCGUCCUUCGGAAAAAAAGAAGCAAUGCCGACUUCAUUAAAAAAAUAAUCCUAGUUUGGGAUAAAUAAAGUAUUUCUGAUUCUGAACCGGCAGCACCCCCUGAUCUAUCAGUGCAUCCAACAGCUGAUCCUUAAAGCUUUCCGCAAUUAGUUCAAGUUGCUGUUUACCACAUUUGUCCAACUUCCCGCGAGUAGGGUCAGCAACAAAGUCCUCUAGAUUAAAGUUACCCCCCCAAAAAAACAACACCACCGAAGCCAGUUACUACUCAAGUAACUAUAGCGAUUAACUCUGGAAAGAAAAACUUGGGCGGCCUCACAGCCCAAACAUUUCAAACACACACACACACACACAUGCUGUCAAGGGCUGCUGUACAAAAGUAGCACUACUCACCAAAUUAACACCUGCCCGAGACAGCUUUUGGACGAGCCCCCAUAUGUUACGGCCACAGCAGUUGUGGCUCGCAACAACCAGUGGAGUUUACAAUCAACAUGGACUUUUAUUUACACAAGAUUAUCUUAAAUAAGGAGGGUCUGGAGGACGGACUGGACAAAAAAGAACAAAAGGGGUGGAGGGAGCCUGGGCCAGCCACACCAUGGGCCGUAGGACCCAGAACUCCCCCCCCCCCCUAAACUAAUGGCAGGUGAGCAACAAAAACGCGAAAACAAAAACUACCAGGUCCUCCAGGCAUUACAGUCAACGUGCACCAAGGAUAGCGCUAAAGCCACAAGGGACUCGACAGCGAGAAUGCCAGCCGGCGUCAGUCAGCGAGAGACAGCCUUCCUCUUAUGCUGGUGAUGAGCUGGAGUUUGGAAAACCUGGGCAAAGGCAGGGGCCAGGGGCAGAUUAGGUGCACCUGUGCACUAAUGAGAGAGCAAAAGGAGGGAGCGCAUAACACCAGCGUGUGACGUCUUUAACAUCUUUUUAUUUGAACAAAGUAAUGAAGCAAACUAGGAUCCCAACAGAGAUCUUUAAAAGAGGAGUUUGGUGAGACGUUAAAUGUUCCAUCAUUUCUUCUCUGCAUUGGUUGUGUUAAAGAAAUCUAGAUGUCAGCGGAAAAAAACCCUGCUCCAUCACUUAGAGGAAUGUCUGACAGUCUGUUUUGUUUUAGUCUUGUUCAUCUUGUUUAUGUCUCUCCCCACCUGUUUCCCUAAGUGUCUGGAACAGAGAAGCAACGCUAAAACUAAAAAAAGCACCUUUUUUGAUUGUAUCUCUUUAAUUUGCCAUCUUUUCAUUUGCACUCCAUCUUCAGGGACAAUUGAAAAGUGAAAGAGAACUCUCAUUUGGAAGCAUUUUAUCAGAUUUUAUAGUAGUUUUUCUCAUUUGAAAGACUGAAGAGCUUCACAUUGCAAUGAAAAGGCUAUAAUUUACCACUCUUAUACAGAUAAGCACAGGAACAGAUGUCUUAUUUCACAAUGAAAUGCAGCACUGUGAUUAUUUAAUUUGUCUAACAGCUCGAACAGAACUUACAAAGAUCAUAAAAGUAGAUAUUGAGAGAAACUAACACUUGUCAGCGUUUUGCCACAUUUACUGUCCAACACGAUGCCGUUCCACUUCUCAUCUGUGCUCUCUGGUUUACGCUCUGUCCAGGAACUACUGGUUUUACACAGACUCAGUGAAGGUAACUUUUGAAACAAUUGAAAGCUGUCUGAAGCACGCUGUACGGCCCUCUUGAUAAAUAUUUUAGCGCUGGUUAUUUAGGGAAACAUCACUAGCAAAAUCUUUUUCUUUUGGCAACCUUGUGAUCAGGAUACAAAAACUGGUGCGAGAUUAUAACACCCAGCUGUCCUCUUCAAGUCACUUUGAGUUUAAACAUAAGAUAAUCCCUUCUUUUGAAUGCUUUUUCUUAUGUACUGCACUUCUUUCUUCUUUCUUAACGAGUAUCUGUUUUAUAAGCUGACAAAGCAUUCAUCUUAAGAAAGGUGCAACACUCACCAAGCAAGGGACCUUCAAGCUGAAAUAAGAAUAUAUUACAAAUAACAUUAAGGGUGUGAAAGGGAUAAAUGGAUUCUGUGAUUGUCGACCUUAGACACGAGUGUUGCACCGCUUAGUUUGAGGCCAAGAUCGACACUAUUUUUCUGUUUUUGAGGAGUCAGGGACUAUGCUUUUUUUUGUGUAAUGUAUAAACCAAAGUGUUUCUUUGUUUAGAGCUUUACCCAGUGUACCGGCUGUUCUUCGUAACCAAAGGCAAAUAUGUUGAAAUUGUAUUUCUUCUAUUAACUUUUAUUUAUCUUUGUGGUUGGGCUGAUAUUUUUUCCACUGUUCAUUACAUUUGGAUACAAGUUAAAUGUCACCAUUUGUUAUAUUGAUGAGUAAUUAUGUUCCCCAUAUCAGACUGGUUUUUAAAUAUUAAGCAACAAGGUUUGAACAGCAUCAACUACCAUGUUGUGGGUGUUGUUUUUUUCUCAAAGCUGUUUAUAAUUUGUGGAGACAAAUAAACAAUACAGCGAAGACGUGAGUUUGGCUGUUUUUAGGUUUAAAGCGUUGUUUGAAAUAAAGCACAAUGAUGGCGGAGCUUCAAGCACACAAAUGAAAAGCUUUUGUUUGAAAAGAAAACCGUCUUUUAUCAAACCUGGGUGUCAUUAUUAUUCAUCCUUCACAUUUUGUCUUUGAAGCUUUUGUCCGUUUUUCCCCAAGAAUUGAAGAGAGUAAGAAGUUAAUAAAACGUAAUAAGAAAUGUA